ACCCAGGGUACGAACGGACCUUUAAUUCCCUGGUAAGGUCAGCAGCCCAGAGAGACCGGAGUGGGGAAGCGGCAACCUUUGGGGGGUGGGGUGGGUAUGAGAGGAAUUUAAUGGAGUCCGGAGGGUAAGAUGGGAAAUUUCAGCGUCAAAAUGGAGAAUGAAUGGAGAGAGAAAUAGGAAGAAAUUUGAGAGAUUUAAGAAAACGAAGCAGAAAAGUUUGGAAAGUGUUAGAGAGAGAGAGAGAGAGAGAGAGAGAGGACAAGGCAAAAGCAAAGAAAGAAGGGUAACUACAGUGACAGGAGGGCGGAGGAGCUCUGCGAUUUACCAAUUCACCCAAUAUCACUUUUUGCACCUUCUUCUGACUUUACUGGAGAAGUUGAAAGCACAAUACUCAAACUUGGAAGGCCUGCCUCCUGAUAGAAUUGUGCCAACUGUGGGGCUAAACAUUGGGCGUGUUGAAGUGUCAAAUACAAAACUAGUGUUCUGGGACCUGGGAGGUCAGCCUGGUCUUCGCUCGAUCUGGGAGAAAUAUUAUGAAGAGGCACAUGCUGUAAUAUAUGUAGUUGACGCUGCUUGCCCAUCACGUUUUGAAGAUUCAAAAUCUGCACUUGAAAAGGUUCUUCGGCAUGAGGAUCUGCAAGGAGCCCCUCUUUUGAUAUUAGCAAACAAGCAGGAUCUUGCUGAAGCUGUAUCAGCUGAAGAACUUGAUCGAUAUCUAGAUCUCAAGAAAUUAGAUGAAAGGGCUUACACACUUCAAGCUGUUUCGGCUUAUGAUGGGAUGGGAAUUAAAGAAAGUGUGGACUGGCUUGUAGACAUUAUGGAGAGAAGUAAGAGAACAGAAAUGCUGAGAAUCCGUGCUGGCGUAACAAACCCAGGAUCUGCUUAGAAGAGAUUAUAUGAAUACACAUUUUGUUUUUUGUUUUUUACCCAAGCUUUUGUAACUUCUGUAAGUAAAUCAUGGUUCAACUUGGAUCCUACAUGAUUGGAACUUGAUCAAUUGGUUACCCUUUAAACAUUGUAGUGCUUUUUUAUUGGAAAAUUUGUAUGAUUUGGAGUAAUACUUUUGAUUCCUUAAUGACAAUCAAAUUUUGAGUUAAUGCAUUUGAGUGAA